AUGGCUACAAAAAACAGUGAAAAGAUCGAAGCAACGAUCGCCAUGGACGCCGAAGCUAAUAAAGUAAGCAUUAAAAUUCCACCUUUUUGGAGAGAGAAACCCGACAUUUGGUUUUACCAAGUAGAAGCACAGUUUCAAAUAAAUAAGAUCACAACUGAAGAAACCAAAUUUAAUUAUUUGAUAUCCCAACUGGAACCGAAGUAUGUAGAAAAUAUUUGGGACAUUAUUAAAGACACUAAGCCUAACAAAUAUACCUUGGCGAAAGAAAGACUUUUAAAUACGUUUAAGGAAAGCGAAAACAAGAGAAUUCAGCGCUUAGUUACAGGAUUAGAACUUGGAGAUUACAAGCCAAGCCAACUUUUGCAAAAAAUGAAAAAUUUAGGAGCAGACGAUUNUCUGCUUUAA